CAAGACGUAUUCGACAUGGCCGCGGCAAGAAGUUCCCGCCCGAUUCCCACCGAUUCCGCCUGGAGCGACAAGCUACAGGAGCUGCUCGCCUGGUUCGAGAGCAAUCCGAAUCUUCCCGAAAAAAUUGAGCCGAUUGUGAUGCUGCGAUUCCUCAAAUGCGUGCAGUACGACGUCGAGAAGACCAAGCCUCUGGUGGAGCUCAACUACAGCAUGCGAAACAAGCAUGCGCACCUGUUCAUCGAUCGCAACAUGGAGGACGAGAUGACGGCCAAGGGUUUACGAGUCUCUGACUUGCUGAUACUCCCGGGGUUGACGCCAGAGGGAAACAAGCUCCUCUUCUUCCGCAUGGCUGACCUCGAUCCACAUACGCGCAAUUCGGUGGAAGAAACCAAAAUCUUCUUCAUGAUGAGCGACGCUCGCUUCACGAUGCCGGACGUGGAGCUAAAGGUGGGGGAGAUGCGCGACUUAGACGACUCGGACAUUGCGGACGGAGACGUCCAGAUCGUCGACAUCGGGGGAUACACGCUCAGGCAUCUGGCCUACAUAUCAAUCUUCGUUCUGCGUAUCUACAUGAAGUUCCUGCAGGAGGCCUAUCCCUCGCGCCUGCGGGCCAUGCACGUCAUCAACUGCCCCUCGUAUCUCGAUCGGCUCAUCUCAAUGAUGGCCCCCUUCUUGAGGGAGGAAGUGAGGAAUCUGGUCCAAUACCACACAGAGGGCAUGGAUAGCCUGUACAAGCAAGUACCUAAGGAUAUGUUGCCCGAGGAGUACGGUGGGAAGGCCGGCACCAUUGCCGAGCUCAAAGCCAGGGGGAUACAGUCCAUCAAGGAGAAGAGCGGCUACCUGUGUGAUGAGCGGUAUUGGAAGGUAACGGGGUUGAGCAAAAGUCGCUGGUCCUGGUUUUGAGCAAGAAGCCGAGGAGGACCCAGAUGGGUGCGGCCGAUGUCGUGAUAUUCAAAUGUGAUCAAUGAGCAGACCCCACUCGGAGCUAUGGUUAUGUGUAGCAGCAUGCUAUGAUUAGUUUAUAUCGUAUUCGUACAAAUAAUCCUUUGUUUUGUGUCCAAGUGAGCGCUGAAAAUACCGUAUUCUUUAUUUUUUUUUGAUAAAAUUGAAUCAGUUUCAUAUUUAAUGUUUUAA